AUGGCCCGCACGAGACAGACCCGCAAGAAGCUGAAGACUGUGACAGAACUUCCACCUAAGAAGUGUCAAUUCUUCACCCUACCACCAGAACUCCGACUCGAAGUCUACAAGCUCGUCCUCGCCGAUUUCACGAUCGACCCCUCCGAACGAAAGCUUAGAGAACUGCCACUUGUGCAAGUCAAUGUAGCCAUUCGCGAGGAGAGCGUGGGAAUUUUCAACAAGCGCCUAUCAGCUAUACUUGACGAGCGAUGGGCGGACUUGACUGAUGCACAGCUGGAAUCUGAGAGCUGUAAGCAGCGGUACGAUCUCGGGCUGGGCUCUCGGCGUGCAGGGCUCCGUCGCUGGACUGCUGCAAUGGACCGCUGCAACCACAUCAUGGAUAGCAUUGAGCGCGACCAGAUCGCGGUCAAGAUUGAACGCAAGAAGCUGCGAAAGGAGGGGUUUCGGGUCUGA